AUUAGACUCCCUUUCGGAAAAUCGACUUCAAAAUUAUUUAGGAAAAACAUGUCCGGAAAAGUGCAAGUGCAAGUGCAGCUGGUGCGCUGCAUGUCCGGGCAGGCGGCGUCUAAAAUUAAUUUACCUGCGUCACUGUGCCGCAGACUGAGAGACAUUACGCCCGACGCCUACGGCACGCUGCGCAAAAUGAUGAUACAAAUGGAGCGAUCCUCGUGCCUGGGCAGCAGCUUGGAGCUGACGGCGCAGGAGCUGGCCGCCAAUCGAGUGCUGAAGCGCAUCAAGUGCAAGGAGCUGGAGACGGGCUUCCAGAAUCCCAGCCAAUUCACGCCGGGCCACCACAUCUACGAUGUGCUCCAGAAGGUGAAGCGAUCUCCGCUCUUCCGGAUGCUGCAGGACAUGCCCAAGGGCGGCCUGCUGCACGCCCACGAUACGGCUCUGUGCAGCACGGAUUUCCUGAUCGAUCUCACGUACCGUGAGAAUCUGUGGAUCUGCACCGCCAACCAGGGCUGCCAGGCCAUCGCCUUCCGUUUCUCCCAGUCGGAGCCCGUCCUGAAGCCCGCCGCCGACGACUGCAGGUGGCAGCCCAUGAGCGAAUAUCGUGAGCAGCACGGCGAGCUGAAGGUGCGAAACUAUCUCCGCAAGCGCUUCACCAUGUACCCCUUCACCAACUUCGUAUCCACGAAUGAGGCGUGGCGCAAGUUCAUGAGCAUCUUCACGCUGCUCGACGGGCUGCUGCUCCACGCGCCCGUCUGGGCGGACUACUACUACAAUGCGCUCAGGGAGAUGCAUGCCGAUGGCGUGCAGUACCUGGAGCUGAGGUCCCUCAUACCCAAUCUGUAUAGCCUGGAUGGCUCCAAGCUGUCCAUGGAGAACACCGUAGAGAUAUACAAGACGGAAACGGAGCGCUUCCUAAAGCAUCAUCCCGACUUCAUUGGCGCGAAGCUGAUCUAUGCGCCGCUGCGUGGCGUCCAGACGAAAGUUGUGGAGAAAUAUGUAGAGGACUGCGUUGCGCUGAAUAAAAAAUAUCCGAACUUUUUGAUUGGCUUCGAUUUGGUGGGCCACGAGGAGAUGGGCCGUCCGCUGGUAGACUUCGUGAAGCCGCUGCUGAAGAUGCCCGAGCACAUCAAUUUCUAUUUCCACUCGGGCGAGACGAACUGGUUCGGCACCUCGAUCGACGAGAAUCUGAUCGAUGCCAUUUUGCUGGGCACGAAGCGCAUCGGGCAUGGCUACGCUGUGGUCAAGCAUCCUGUGGCCAUGGAGCUGGCCAAGAAACUGGACAUACCCAUCGAAGUGUGUCCCGUCUCGAAUCAGGUGCUGCAGCUCGGUCACGACUAUCGCAAUCAUCCGGCUGCGAUGCUCAUUGCCAACAAUGUGCCGAUUGUGAUCGCCUCCGAUGAUCCCUCGUUCUGGCACGCCUCGCCCCUCACGCACGACUUUUACUUUGCUUUCCUGGGCAUCGCGCCCUACACAGCGGAUCUGCGGCUGCUGAAGCAUCUGGCCAUGAGCUCCCUCAAGUACAGUGCCCUCACCGCAGAGGAGCAGACCAAGGCCCUGGAGAAGUGGCAGAAGAAGUGGGACGAGUGGAUUGCCUGUGUGACCGAGAAGGCGGAAGGCUACGCAGACUAGAAAGAGAAGCGAGAAGCUGGAAAGCAAACAGGACAGGAGGACAGGAGAACAACAAAUGCAGCAGAAUAUAUUUGAAUUUUCAUUUAUUAUAUUUCAUAUAGUAUUAUCUGCUUGUUCUUGCCUCGUCUAAAAGAUACAAUUGAUAUGGGUAUGGAUAUGAGUAUGCACAAGCUGCGAUCUCUCAUAAAUAAUAGAUAUAUGUAUAUAUUUAA